AUUUAACGGAGGCGACGGGGCGGGACUUCCGCCGGGAAGAUGGCGGCGCUGCGGAGGACGCUGCGGGCGCUGCAGGCCGGGGCGCGGGGCCGCUCGGCCGGGGUCCCCGGGGCCGUGGCGCUGCCGCGGGGGCCGCUGGGAGCUGACGUGCACGAGGAGGAGCCAAUGGCGGUGGCGCAGAGGAUGAACCCCGACUACCACGGCUUCUCAGCGGACCCGGUGGCCGAUGUCCACAACAUGCGCGCCGUCUUCUUCGCCGGCGUCUCCAUCGCCAUCGUCCUGGGCUCCACCUUCCUGCAUUACCUGCCCGACUAUGGGCUGCAGCAAUGGGCCCGGCGGGAGGCCGAGAUCCAGAUCGUGGAGCGGGAGCGCCGGGGGCUCCCCCUGGUGGACCCCAACUACUACGACCCCGCGCGCCUCACCCUGCCCCCCCCCGAGUGACCCCCCCCACUUUGGGGUCCCUAUAGAACCCUAUGGGGUUCCCUAUAGGCUCACCCCCCAAUAUGGGGCUGUUAAUAAAGGGAAGGGGCUC